GAAAUGAAAAGAAAAGAAGCAAACGAGGGCGGAGGCGGCUUUUCUGCCUCCAUGUGGGUUCGUGGGGCUUCCUCCCGAAGCAGAUGUUGUCCUUGUUCCCAUCGAUCGCCAUGGUUUCCUCCUACUCCUCAUCGACGUUGGAAGAGCCCCGGAUCUGCGAUCCCUCGGCGAUGGAGGCAGCGGCCCGGGUUUCGGGGACGGUGGCGGUGGCCGCAUGUGCGGCCAUGGCGUUCUUCUACGUCGCGAUCCUCUACUCCCCGACCCUGAUCCUUCGCCUCCCUCCACCGGCAUCGCUCGAUAGCUUCAUGAUCCGGCGGUUCGCCUGCGCGGCUGUCUCCUCCGCCGCCUCUGUGCUUGCCUGCGGCCUCCUCCUCGGACUCGGGAAACUCGACGAUUUGCCAUCUAUCCUCGGUGUUCUAGGUAUCAGGAGAGAUCACUUGUGGCAAGCUGUGGCCUUUCCUCUGCUACUGACAUCCUUCCUGUAUACCGGGUCAUUCGUGUCGAGGUCAUGGAACUUGAUUAGUGCAUCAACAGAAAGGAGCGAAAAUUCUUACGGGGAAGAUGGAAUCUGUGGACAAGGGUGUACAGAUUGGGUGUGUGCAUAUGCCCGGAAUGUGAUGGCUUGGCGUAAUUAUGUGGUGGCACCAUUUACUGAAGAGCUUGUUUUCAGGGCCUGUAUGAUACCAUUGCUCCUUUGUGGAGGAUUUGGAACUAGCAGUAUCAUAUUUUUCAGUCCGGUUUUCUUCAGUUUAGCACACUUAAAUCAUUUUUUGGAGCUCUACUAUCAGCAAAGAUACAGAUUUAUGAAGGCUUUCCUGAUUGUAGGCUUCCAGCUUGGUUAUACUGUGAUAUUUGGGUGGUAUGCGUCUUUUCUCUUCAUUCGAACAGGGAACUUAAUAUCUCCUAUUGUGGCCCAUGUUUUUUGUAAUGUGAUGGGUCUGCCAUUGUUGUCAUCUCCAAGGACAAAAGGGACAGCAACUGUGGCUGCUGCAGCUGGUGUGGUCGGUUUCUUAUAUCUUCUAUUUCCAGCCACACGACCAGGACUGUACAAUGAUAUGAGAGAUGGCUGUAGCUGUUGGCACCGAUAUUGUAGUUGGAGUUGAUACUGAAGUUGGAUGGUAGCAACAGAAGAAAGUCACAACACGAAAGAGAAGCUCAAGAGCCCUCAUCGACUUGAAUCAGACAACAGGAAAGUUGUUUCCUUUUGGUUUUUACUUCUGUUAAUGAAAAUUUAGUGUUUUUUAGGUAUGUUUGUUUUACAUGUAUUCUACAUUGCUUUUCCUGAUAUUGAUUCCUGUCCAAUUCCUAUGCUACAU